AUGAAAGUCACCGCGAUAUAUGUCUACCCCAUCAAGGCUCUGCGGCCCAUAAGCCUCCGCAAAGCCCAGCUCACACCUCAGGGCGUUCAGCAUGACCGCCGCUUCAUGAUAUGCCGGAUCGACGACGCUGAGCCCUCCAAGCUGACAAAGGUGCAAAUAGACAAGAACCAUGACUGCGGGCUUUUCAAGCAGGAGAUCAAAGGAGACAGCAUCCACGUCUCGUACAUGACGCCCAAGGAGCCCGUGGUGCCCGCUCAUCCGUACCAACGUGCUGUCCUGCAGGUCCCCCUGGACCCUGCCACCUCUGACCUGGAGCCGGCGGAUGUCGACCUACACCUGAGCAUGGUCACGGCCUUCAGAAUGGGCGGCUACUACGACGCCUGGUUCUCGGCAUGCUUCGGCUUCAACGCCACCCUCGUCUACAUAGGCAGCGGGCGGCGCCCCGUCCUCGGCACGUACGCUCCUCCGCCGGACGGCGCCGCCCCGCAGCGAGGCUGGCUGUCCACAGUCGCCGGAUACGUCGCCGGCGGCGUGCCGCAGGCGAGCAGGGAGAAGCCGUGGAUCAACUUCAGCGACCUUGCGCCCUUCCUCGUCGCCAGCAACAAGUCCCUCGACAAUGUUCAGGCGAGGCUGACCUCCAGCUCCGUCGACAUGACGGCCUUUCGCCCAAACAUUGUUGUCGACGGCGAGUCCGAAUUCGACGAGGACUUUUGGGCCGAGCUGUCGACGCACGGGGAGCCCUUCCUCACCCUGACCAAGAUGUGCGGGCGCUGCAACUCCCUCAAUGUCGACUACAGCACGGGCAAAGUUGCCGAUGGCGAGAGAGGGACUCUUCUCAAGAAACUCAUGUCCGAUCGACGCGUCGACAAAGGCGCCCAGUUUGCACCCGUGUUUGGCAAAUACGCCUUCCUGAGCGAAGGAAGAGCCAACAUGGUUCUCUCCGUGGGCGACGAGGUUGUCGUCACGAAGCGCGCCGAGGACCGUCCGGUAUUUGACUGGCCGAGGCGGACCAGGGGUGCUCAACCGCAAUCCUAUCAGUACUCCUGA